UGAAUUCCCCGGUAAAAUUCAGCGCCCCCGCAUAAUUUGCGCAUCCGACGCCGUUAUAUAGGUUAUUAUAGGUUAGACGAUGGGUAUAUAUAUAUAUAUAUAUAUAUAUAUAUAUAUUUCAACGCGGCAAGUUUGAGGUUAUGAUUGUCCUAUGAUGCGACUAUGAUUGUAACAUUUUUGGUGCAACAAUAAUAACAGAAUAUAAUGGAGCAAUUACAAACUGCUUUAUCAGCUCUAAAAGUGCUUAGAUCAAGUGUAGGCCAAGUUUUCUAUUCUCUUGCUAAUGGCAUAAGAGCUGAUCAUGGAGAAGAAAACAAGGAGAACAAAUAUUUAUUGGAACUUCAAGAACUUUUGACAACUGUUGGUACUAAUUUAAGGGAUGUUGAACAAGCAGUAAAUUCAUUAAAUCCACCCCCUGGCCCAUUUAAUUUGGGAAACACAGCAUACCUUGCUCAAGAAACAACUCAAGAUCGUCAGGCAUUGUAUGGUACUUUAGUAAAUGUUUACAAAUGGACAGAUAAAGCCCACGAGUACAGUAAUGUAGCUCAUCAAAUAUUAAGUCAAAACUCUUUGAAACGUUCAUCUAUGAGCUCAAAUCGAGCUAAAAGGAGUAGAGUACAAGCAGGAGCACAUAACUCUCCCCCACAACAAGUAGAUCAAGUUAUGGCAUCCUUUGAUCGUCUUUAUAGCGACAUGUCUAUUACCAUUACGCGGCCAUAUACAUCAAAUGCAGUUAUUCAUGUUACGCUGGGACAUGUCUUGAAGGCAAUAAUUGCAUUUAAAGGCCUUAUGAUGGAAAGGGUCGUCAUCAAAGGUUACAAUGAGGAACUUGAUCUAUGGACAGAAUCUCGCUAUAAAGUUUUUCAAAGGGUCACUGAUCAUGCUCAUGCAGCGAUGCUUCAUUUCUACAAUCCCAACUUCCCAGAGCUAACUCUUAAAUCAUUUUUUGCAUGGUUUCAUAGUUUUAUUAGCUUAUUUAAUGAUCCUUGUAAGCGAUGUGGACUAUACUUACACAGUGCUCUUCCACCAACGUGGCGAGAUCCCAAGUCACUUGGUCCAUACCACUUUGAGUGCAAGCCAUAGAGUAUAAAAAGAAUUUUAAGACUCUAAAAAUAAGGAUUCAUAGCGUAAGGUUUUUAAAAUAAUUGUAAUUUUUGUAAAAUAAGAAUAAUUCAUGUUUAGAAGAUUCUAAGAAAAAAAAACUCAAUUAAUUGAUCUCAAAACAAUGUUUUAUCAUUGAACCAAACAUAAACAGUCUUUUUAUCAUGUAAGUUUACAGAUAAUUUAGAUAAAAGGAUUUCAAGGAAAUUCUGUGACUGUCUGAAAAGAAAAACAAUAUUUUACAGUUAUUUAUCACUGUAUCUUUAUUCAAUGAAUAACAAAAAUGAUAAUAGUAUAAAGUUAAAUGACAAGAAGAAAUCGCUGAGCGUCGUUCAGACGGCGAACGAUUGCUGGUUGGAAAAGUGCAACAGGAUCCUCUACAAUUCGCGGCGAUCUGUGUGUAAUUUUACUCGUAUAGAUCAAUAUAGAAAUUCUCACCGAUCUCUCGGUUUUUUCUUCUUCAAUUUUUUAAUAAUUUUUAUCUCUAUUUUAUUCAGUUGCUUUACUUCACACUGAACUGCCGCCGUGCGACAACAAUUCAUCGCCGUCAUCGUCUUGUGAAAAAGAAAAUCGUACGAAUGAAAAGCAAAGUAGAACAUAAACUUGGAUUUUCGUCGGGUAAAUGGAAAAAGUGCUAGAUAUACAAAAUGUAAGUGUGGUAUGAAUUCCUUCGAGAUUGUAACUUUGCAUUUUUUGUGACUGGCGAGCUUCUUGCCUAUAAUAUACCUUGUAAUAAAAAUACGCUUCGAGCCAUCAGCUCUCGAGCGUUUGAGCGUC